AUGCUCGCAGCACCAUACUUCUCCAGAGUCUGGAUCAUACAAGAAAUCGUAUUGGCUACUGAUUUCGCACUGCUCUGGGGAGACAUCACUAUCUCCAAACGCGACUUCCAUAAUUUCCGGAUAGCCGCUCUCUACUACAAACUCUCUGACGGAGACGUUCAAAAGGACUCGCCAGUCGUGAUGUGGAACGCUGUCACCCUCUGGUACAUGGGACUCUACAAAGUUGGGGACAGCGGUCUCCUGCACUUGGUCUCUUUAACAUCGUCAUCUAAUGCGACUGACGCACGGGACAAGAUCUUUGCAUUGAUAGGACUUGCUGGGGAUCGAUCCUACGGCGUCGUGCCAGACUAUAGCAGGAGUGAGACAGAGGUCUUUUCGGAUUUUGCUCGUUCGGCGAUAAUAGCGGAAAACAACGUGAACAUUCUCAAUUAUUCGUAUGUGGAGGAUCCUGAGGACCCAGAACGCCGCCCUCUUUGGGCCCCGAGAUGGCAGUUUGGCGAUGAUUCACACAAAAACUCUUGGACCAAAUACAAUGUAACUGCCUCACGAGAUGUACCGAUGGUGUUGGUUCCAUCAAGGAACGAAAACGUACUGAGUCUGAGAGGGAUCCAGGUCGAUUCAGUCAGAGACAUGUGUGAUAGGGAAACCUACAUGCACAGAGUUGUUCCUGCUGCUGUUGAUAUGAUCACACAUCAUACGGAAGUGUUUAGCAAAAGAUACGGCUCAGAUAUCAUCCGAAUGGUCCUCCUGACAAUGAUGGCCGGCCAUGAGAGCUCUGGCCCUAUGAUCAACCGCGUCACAACCCGACCGACCGACGACGGAUAUGUCAAUAAUUUCAUAUCCUUCGCCCUAGGAUUCACGAUCCAGACACACAUCUCCCAAGACGGCAGAGAACCAUAUCAGAGGAGAUACCUCGAGCUGGUGAGGCUCGCCACAGAAGCUAUUUCCCUGCCGGCAGAGCCAUGCUGGACAUCACCCUUUGAUUUCGAAUUCUUGGAAAUGAUGCUCAAAAUUCUUUAUCCCCAUGAUCCCUCGGUUGUAGCGGCUGAUUUGAAUAUGCUCACCAGGAUCGACUGCAAUUUUGUCAUGGGGCCGCAGCGGUUCAGAGAGUCUAUACGGGCUUCUAAUGCCAGGAAGAUAUUUGUUGCGGAAACGGGUUAUGUGGGUUUCGGACCGCAUUGCAUGAGGCCUGGAGAUGUUGUUUGUGUUUUGUACGGAGGUAAGACGCCAUAUGUCAUCCGGCCAACGUCGGCGCCAGAUGAGUAUCUAUUUCUUGGGCCAGCUUAUGUACAUGGGCUUAUGGACGGUGAGGCUGUUGAUGCUUGGGAGAAAGGCAAGCGGACUGAAAACCAAGAGAUUCAGGAGAGGCUGUUCAAACUCUUGUAA